GUUGAGUUGAAAAAAAUUAUUCGGUUGAAAAUGUUUGAUAUUUUUGAAAAGUUUUUAUCGAAGCAUCCUCUUAAAAUUUCGCUCGAGGUCGAAAAUAAAUAUACCCUAAUCAAAACCAAUUUUUCGCCCUAAGAAUUUGAAUUGACAUACUCCGUCGUCCACCGGGUAUUCAUUCUGCUUCAAUUUUGCAGUCGUGUGGUGUUCUGUGUCAACAUUUCGCCAUUUGCGUUGCUCCUACAAUGAAACAUUUAAAAGGCGGGGACUUUGGAAAUCAUCUACAAAACGGAGAGUUGGUUGGGGAAGCUGAUAAUGCUUCGGCUCUUGAGCAACAUUUGGUGGAAGAAAAAAACUCCAAGAGAAAGAGUGAUAUGACUUUAGAAGAAAUGUAUAACGGUCAGUAUGAUUUUGAAGAUGAUGAGGACGAUGACAGCGACUGGGAACCCUCUGAUGUCCCUAACCCUAAUGUUGUUGAAAUUCCAAAAUGGUUUUGCCUCAAUUGCACUAUGGUUAAUAUUGGAGUUGGCUCUCAUUGUGAUCUAUGUGGCGAACAUAGAGAUUCUGGAAUCUUACAGCGUGGCUUUUUUGCUUCCCCUUUUGAUCGAGCAGAUGUUCCUGCCGAAAAUGCAGCUGACGAACUCAAAGAUUCCCCCUUGCGAAGUAUUGCUACGGGCAACCUUACAGCAAUUGGAUACGAUGAUAGAAUGUUGCUUCACGAAGAAGUUGAAUUGAAGUCACACCCCCAUCCAGAAAGGCCAGAUCGUCUCCGAGCCAUUAGUGCUAGCCUUGCAGCUGCAGGCAUAUUUCCGGGAAAGUGCUAUCCAAUUCCAGCAAGAGAAAUUACGGAAGAAGAACUUCUGAUGGUCCACUCACUCGAGAAUGUUAGAGCUGUUGAACUUACAAGUCAUGUUCAGUCGAGCUAUUUUACACCUGAUACAUAUGCGAAUCAGUAUUCAGCUAGCUCUGCCAGGCUUGCUGCUGGUUUAUGUUUUGACCUUGCUGCAGCUAUAUAUCGCGGAAGCGUAAAAAAUGGUUUUGCUUUGGUCCGCCCUCCUGGUCAUCAUGCUGGAGUGAAAGAGGCCAUGGGCUUUUGUCUUCACAACAAUGCAGCCAUUGCUGCAUCGGCAGCUCAGAUUGCAGGAGCUAAGAAGAUCCUGAUUAUUGAUUGGGAUGUGCAUCAUGGUAAUGGAACCCAAGAAGUUUUCGAGGAAAAUAAAUCGGUUUUGUAUUUAUCUUUGCAUAGAUAUGAGGGUGGAAAGUUCUAUCCUGGUACUGGAUCUGCUUAUGAGGUUGGGAAAGGGGAUGCUAAAGGGUAUUGUGUUAAUGUUCCAUGGAGUUGUGGGGGUGUUGGCAACAAUGACUAUCUUUUCGCGUUUCAGCAAGUUGUGCUUCCUAUAGCUUCUGAGUUUGCUCCAGAUUUUACUAUAAUUUCUGCUGGAUUUGAUGCUGCUCGUGGCGACCCUCUUGGCGGCUGUGAUGUCACUCCUACUGGCUAUGCACAGAUGACACAGAUGUGCCGUGACCUAUUUGGUGGAAAGUUACUUGUUAUCCUUGAGGGCGGGUAUAAUCUGCGAUCAAUAUCAGCCUCUGCUACUGCAGUUAUUAAGGUCUUACUUGGUGAAAGUCCCAAACAUAAUGUGGAGCAGCAACUAAUGCCAUCAAAGGCUGGACUGCAAACCAUUCUAGAAGUGCUUAAAAUUCAGUCGAAUUAUUGGCCUUCAUUGGAACAGAGACUUUCAAACUUACUGUUAGAAUGGGGAUGGUAUACCCUUCAGGACAAAACUUAUAUGUGCAGAAAAGAUGAGGAAAAAGAAGAGACGGGCAAAGGCGCCUGCGUGGUGGAAGUGGGGACAUAAAAGAUGGUUGUAUAAGCUAUGGCGCAAGAAGAUUUCUCAACAAUUUUAACUGCUUCGGUACAAGUUUUUUGUGCGGCUAACUUUUGCCCUAUCUGAUUUCCUUGAACUAAAUGUAAUGUUGUUUCUAAUUCGUGGGAACUUUAGUAAUUUUCUUCAAUAUUGGCACUUAGCAGUCUCCUUCACAGUUUUGAAUGAACACACUGAAGAUGUACCCUGCUGAAUUUGUUGUGACAAUCGUCUGUUUUGGGUUUAUCAUUAUGCACAAGCACGCACACUCGAUGUCGAAUUAUAUGAAUUUAACGCACAUAAACAUUGG